AUGCCUCCCAAUAUCACGGAAGCAAUCAGAGAUCACUACACUGAGAUCCAGGAGUGGUAUGGACAAAUAAUCCAGUCUGACGAUGGGAAAACCCAGGCUGAAUAUCAGAAAUUAUUUACCUGGGAGUUAGCCCGCCACUGCAUUGCGAAAGAAAUAGUUCUAUUCCCUGCCUUUGAAAAAUACCUACCCAAGGACGCCCUCCUGAUCAGAAAAAGCCGGCAAGGAAACCAGAAGGUUAAAAAAGAAUUAAAAAUCUUCCAGAAGAUGAAAACAUCGAACGGUGCAUUUAUUCCCGCCAUUGAACAGUUGAUGAGGGACCUGUCCAGGGUUAUCCGGGAGGAGGAGACCUGGGAUCUGCCAAAGCUGGAAGACACCCUGCCAUCCAGCGAAAGUGCGGCGCUGUAUGAGUUGUUUGGAAAGACUAGGAUUUUUAUCCCCAUGCAUUGCCAUCAUAGCGCUCCUGAAAAGCCUCCAUUCGAGACCGCUAUCGGACUUCUCACAGCUCCGACGGAUCAGCUUGUGGAGGCGCUGGACAACUGGUGGAACGAUUCAAUUUAUCCCCUAGCGGACAUGUUCCACCUUGAAAUCAAGGCACAUUCAGUAGCUCUCACAAGUACUCCCCCAGAGUCGUUUGGACACUAG